AAGUCCUGUUUCUCUCUUUUAUACUAUUCAUCGUCCUCACUACUCAUCUUUACGUCUUCAUCACUCUAAAUACGUUCGUCUUCCACCUUCUGUUGAUGGUUUUACUCCACAAACGGUGCAUUCUUCAUUUUUUUAUUCAACUAUUACUGAUUGGAAUAAUCUUGUUAUUUCUUUUAUUACUAUUUUGGUGUUGUUUGGCUUGAGUCAUUGUUACUACAGACCGGUGACCUUUGAUGACUCUCACUUUUCGUGAAUAAUCUUAGUCUUACAGUAUCUGUAGUAAACAUUUGAGCUCGAUCGGACCAUUUUUUCGAAGGAUCGUAAAGUGACUGGAUUGAAGGGACUAUUGAAAAAACGCAUAUUCUACAUAUGUCUUUUUUAGGCAAUUUGCGAUGAUGGGUGUAUCUCCAUGAAAACUCAUCGAAAAAUUCUGGAAGACGUCUUAUUUUGAAGAGCACACUUCCUUCUAUCGUGCUAAGUAUAAGAAAAAAUUUGGAACAUAUAGGAAAGAGGAGAAAAAUUUACGAACCUAAAAAAUUGAGAUUUACCUUCUUAAUAUUAAAACGAUGAAUUAUAAAUCAAUAAAAAGAAAAAGAAAAAGUUAUGAAAGCCACAGAUGUUUAAAUAUUCUUAUCUGACAAACAUUUAACAAAAGAGUUUUGACAAGAACGUUUUAUUAGCUUUAACGGAUGUCUCACACUGUACUAACAUUCAUAUGAACGCACUUUUAGCAUUGAAAAUUAAAGUCUCUAAAUUAUUUGUGUGAACAAUUUAUAUAAGACAAUAAGUUUUAAACUGAUUGCCAUUUUCUCGAACGAUGUUCGUAUUUCACAUUUGUUACGUUCAACUUCACAUAUUUUUGUAUCCAAAUAAAGGUGUCUCGCUUAGCAGGGAAGUCCCACGAGUGACUAUCAUUCAACAAUUUAAAACUUUUUGCUUUUUCCGAGCAAAAGAACACUCUAGGAGACGGAUUUUUUAUGAGAGAAAUCUUCAAUUUAUAUUAGGAACUGUACUGUCCCCCACGUGAGAAAAUAUUUAUCAACCCUGCUGCAUGCGUAUAUCUUUGAAGUUCUUUUGUUUAUGAUAGCACAUUAAGAAAAAGUGAUUAUAAAACCUUUUAGAAUUUAUAAAACUUUGACUAAGAGCUUAUUUUCUUCUGAUUAAUGAGGUAUCAACAAGAACACAAUAAUUUAAAAAUGUGUAUGAGAGUAAAAUACUUGUCAUGUUAAGUUAAAUAUACUUCUAGAUGGGAUGUUUAUUUUUUCAUCCAGAACCGAAUGCUGAUGCUAUUGAAAUACCUAAACCCACAUAUUCUUGGGAUCAACGGAAAGUACUUAAUAAAAGUGACUAUAUUUUAGACAAAUUAAAAGAUCAAACAGUUUUUCGUCUUCCAGGUACAGUUAAUGGACAACAGUUUAUAAUUCAAAAUUGCGAAAAUUGUACAAUUUAUGUGUUUGAUCAUACGGGACAAAUUCAAAUUGAUGAUUGUAAACAUUGUAGAAUAUUCAUUGGUCCUGUUCGUGGAAGUAUAUUUAUUCGUGAUUCCGAAAAUUGUAGUUUAGCAACUGUUUGUCAACAAUUUCGUGCAAGAGAUUGUCAUGAUGUGAAUAUAUUUUUAUCUUGUGCAAGUCAACCAAUUAUUGAAUCAUCUCAUCAUAUUCGUUUUGGUUGUUUAACAUAUUUUUAUGAGAAAUUAGUCGAACAUUACGUGUCAGCUGGUAUUAGUCCGUAUAAUAAUAACUGGAGUAAUAUUCAUGACUUUACAAAAAUUCCUGACGAUAAAAAUUACUCACUUAUGGAUGAUACCGACACAGUUUUUAAGUAUAUACCAGCACCCAUUGAUCCGUCGUGUAGUCAUUUGAAUAUAAGUAACAAUCCAGAUCAGAGUAUAACACCAUAUACAUAUGGCGAAUUAUUCCGUGAACGUAAUGAUGAGCGCUGUCUUAUCGUACUAUUUCACGAGGUGAAUUAUGAUGCUUAUGCUCGUGAACUUAUUCGAAUGAUUCGACAGUCGAAUAUUAUUCUGGUGCAAAGUAAAUGUUACACCAUCAAUGAAUUGAGUGCUGAUCGAAUAUUUGGUAAUCGACUUGCUAACGUUCUCGUAACAAAAGGUCCCGUUAUUGGGUUAGAGUUGGCUGGAUCGGGCAGUGUUGUUAUUUGUCAACAGUCUAUUAAUAAUUUACUGUUUAAAUUUCCCAGUAUAAAAUAUAUGUAUGCUGAUGUUGCAUUAAACGAUAAACCAGAGUCCGGUGAAUAUGAACAAAAAAUUGUUAACGAAUUUGGCCAUCUAUUAGAGAAAUCAAAACAGUUAUUUAAUGGAUUAAGAGAUCUUCCUCAAUAUGAACAUAAACAAUGGCAACCAUAUUUUGGUAAAACAUUUGAUAUUUAUACAAAAUUAUGGAAAUUUCAGCAACAACACAGAGUUAUAUUGGAUAGCAAAUAUCGUUUAAAACGUUGGCAAAUUGGUGAAAUUGCAUCUAAAAUCGGUCAAUUGUAUUAUCAUUAUUAUAUUCGAACAAGUGAAACAAACUAUCUAAAUGAAGCAUUUGCAUUCUAUUCAGCUAUCCGUACACGAGCUUAUUAUUCAAAAGUGAAUAAAGAAGAAAAACCUGAUUUAAUGGUGAAAAAGCUACGUUAUUAUGCACGAUUUAUUGUUGUUUGUUUAUUAUUAAAAAAAACAAAAAUUAUGCGUGAACUCGUACGUGAAUUAAAUCGACAAGUUGAUGAAUAUGUUAAAUCAUAUGAUCCAGAUGAUCGUCUCGAAUGGCAAUUAGUUCUAAAUGAGAUUACAACAUUUAUUGAUAUUGACAAUUAUUUAAAUGUCAAUCAAAUACCCAUUACAUUAUCAAAUCGCUUAACAACAACUGUUAUACCACCAUUAUCUGAUCAAAAUAAAUUAAUAGCCAUGCUACCGAAUACAAAUCAAAAUUUAUUUAUUCUAGAAGAAAUAUUAAUUAUUGGAAAUUGUCAAGAUCAAAUUAAAUUUAGUGAAUUAACACUGGAUAUGUUUCGUCUUCUUCAAGCUGUUGAACGAGAGCCGACUGAAUUUAAUUAUGAUGAAAGAACUUUACAAUCUCCAGCUCCAUCUACACAUCAUCGUGAUUUAUGUUUAUACGAUAUCGACGGUCGAGGAGAUCGUGGUCCAUUCAAUCGUAAUAAUCCACAUAAAUAUUUAUUAUAUAAACCGACAUUCAGUCAAUUAUACGUUUAUUUAGCAUCUGCAUUCAGAGAACUUCCACUCAAUGGUGUCCUAUUGUUGUACAUAUCAGCGGAUGGUUAUGAUACACAUUCAAAAGUAAAAGUAGACCAUUCGUAUGAUUUUGGCGGUUGUAAGGCAAAUAGUAGACGAGAAGAUAGUUUGGAAAAUAAUAACAAUAAUCCAUCGCCAUCAUCUAGUAGUACUAAUCAAAUGACAUCAGCACAAUCUACAAGUGGUAAAAAAUCUGUUCAUGAAGUCCAUAGUGUUUGUCCUGGCGAUAUUUAUCCAUUUCUACGUAAGCCAAUGUUUCUUAUUGUCGACAGUACUAACAGUGUAGCAUUUCAAAAUAUGCCAAAUUUGUUUGGACAGCCUCUUGUUUCAUUAUUAUCACCUGUAAAACUUCCAACAGUAUUUCAUGAUUAUCAGAAUAAAGGAAGUUUAUUUACAUUAUUUUUAACAUCUCCAGCACUGGCAUUUUGUUUUGUAUGUAAUAUUAGUGAAUUGAGCAUGGAAAUAUGGGAAAAAUGUCAAGAACAAGUAAAUAAAAUUAUAUUUGAAGUGUCAAAAUUAUUUUUAAAAUCAAAAUUGUCUGGUUUCUAUCCAUCUUCUCAACCAGCAUUAUCUAAUGAUUUAUUAGAAAAUGUUCAAGUACAUAAAAUGAUAUUCGAAUUAUCUUCUUUGCUCAAUGUUAGACAAUUAUUUUUAGAUGCUCUAGAAUCUGGUUAA